UUUUUUUUACUUGCUCGUGGCUAGGCCAUGUAUUUGUUAGAUCAUGACUCUACCUAAAGAAAAUUAAGCCAGUCAUUUAUGAUUAUAUUAACUACAGUUUUACAACUGUAUAUUUGAUAGCAUAAUAUAAGAAGCAAUACAGUAAAUAUGGGAGCUGUGCGUGUAAUUAACGAUGAUAGUCAUUUUCACGGGGAAAUGAGUAGCGCAGGGACAAAACUAGUUGUUGUAGACUUUACUGCAACCUGGUGUGGACCGUGUCAGCGAAUUGCUCCAGUAUUUGAGCAACUCUCAACGAAGUAUCCAAACGCAAUAUUUUUAAAAGUCGACGUUGAUAAAUGUGCCGAAACUGCAGCAGGGCAGGGAGUAAGUGCAAUGCCGACUUUCAUUUUCUACAGAAAUCGGACAAAAUUAGGAACGUGCCAAGGAGCCGACCCAAAUGGACUGGAGGCAAAAAUUCAACAAUUCUACGGAAGCGGUGAUGCAGACGACUCCGAAGGAUCCAUUGCUGGACAUAUGGACUUGAGCACCUUUAUAACAAAGGCACAAUGUGAGUGUUUGAACGAAUCUGACGAGCAUUCCUUCGUCCAAAGUUUAACACCUGAUGGAGGUUACUUGGAAAGUGAUUGCGACGAUCAGCUCAUCAUUUCGAUAACUUUUAACCAGGCCGUUAAAGUUCAUUCUCUAAAAUUCAAAGCACCCGCGGAUAAAGGUCCCAAAAAUAUAAAGUUGUUCAUCAACCAACCUAGAACAAUUGACUUCGAUAUGGCAGGGUCCAACACCAGCAUUCAGGAUAUCACAGUAUCGUCUAAGGACCUAGAUGAAGGAAAUCCUAUUCCAUUGCGCUACGUCAAGUUCCAAAACGUGCAAAAUCUUCAGAUUUUCGUCAAAGACAAUCAAAGUGACGCUGAAACUACUAGAAUUGACCACUUAACCAUCAUCGGAUCUCCAAUAUCAACGACCAACAUGGGCGAGUUCAAGCGAGUAGCCGGGAAGAAAGGAGAAAGUCAUUAAUAGAAGAUCAGACUUCGAUUGGACGAUACUGAUUUGUGAAACUGUUUCGUUCAUAAAUCGCAUUUCAAAUUAAGUUUAACCAUAAAAGACUUAAUCACAUCUUUUUAAAAAGCCUUAUUUCCCAAACGGACUUAUAUUUGACUAUAAAGGCUACCGAGAUCUUAACCAUUAAAGUUAAAAUACAGAAGAUUACGUGUUAAGAGAACUUACUAAUCUUUUAGUGAUAUUCUCGCUCGCAAGUUGCAAGACAUUUGUAUUAAAAGUUAAAAAUAUAUCUA